UCUUCUGCACACGCUGAAGCCGCCUAUGAGGAGGAUUGGGAAGUCUUUGAUCCAUACUAUUUCAUCAAACAUGUCCCACCAUUGACUGAAGAACAACUUAACAGGAAGCCAGCGCUGCCUCUUAAAACCAGGAGUACCCCGAGUUUCUCCCUUGUCCUCGACUUGGACGAAACAUUGGUGCAUUGCAGCUUAAACGAACUGGAAGAUGCUGCACUUACGUUCCCUGUACUGUUCCAAGAUGUCAUUUACCAGGUGUAUGUGCGAUUACGGCCUUUCUUUCGCGAGUUCUUAGAACGUAUGUCUCAGAUCUACGAGAUCAUCCUUUUUACGGCGUCAAAGAAAGUCUAUGCAGACAAAUUACUGAACAUUUUGGAUCCCAAGAAGCGGCUAGUGAGACACAGACUGUUCCGGGAGCACUGCGUAUGUGUGCAAGGAAAUUAUAUUAAAGAUCUAAAUAUCCUGGGGAGGGAUCUUUCUAAAACAAUCAUCAUUGAUAACUCACCACAAGCCUUUGCAUACCAGCUUUCAAACGGAAUUCCCAUUGAGAGUUGGUUUAUGGAUAAAAACGACAAGGAGCUGCUGAAGCUUGUUCCCUUCCUGGAGAAGCUUGUAGAACUGAAUGAGGAUGUGCGGCCCCACAUCAGAGACAGAUUUCGCUUGCAUGACUGUUUGCCCCCAGACUAG